GGGACGAAGCGCCGCAUGUGUGCAGGACGAGGUCCCGGUACUCCUGCUUCAUUUGCGCGGACACGUCCGGCGUGGACCACGGGGCAAUCCCUCAUACCGAGCAUGCAAGUAGCGACGGUGGAGAGGAAAACUUCCAUGACCGACUGGGGUUUUGAGAACCAUGGAAGAUUUCAAAAAGCUAAUGAUACUCACAGGACUAUGUUCUCUUUGUCUCUGUGUGCAUCAGCACCAGUACGUCUUAUUUCACACUCCAAAAACCUGGAGCGAGGCCCAGAGCUACUGCAGAGAAACAUGCAUUGACCUGGCCACCAUGGAAGACAUGGAUGAGAUGGAUAGGGUUCUGAAAACUGUUGCAGAUAAUUACAGUGAUGCGGUGUGGAUUGGGCUGCGAAAAGGAAGCAAGUUAGUGUGGCACUGGUCUCUGACAGGCAAAGAUUUCUACAAGGAUGGAGAAAAAAAUAACCUAAAAUGGGGCUCAAUAGAUGCCAAUAACUGUGGUGAUUUCAGUGAUGGAAAACUUUCUACAAUCUCCUGUACUUACACAAGGUUACCAGUCUGCUUUGACAAAACAAAACAAGGAGAAGCUCAGUACAUCCUUGGUCAACAGCCAAUGACUUGGACCGCUGCUCGAGAUUUCUGCAGAAAAAGCUACACGGACCUCGUCAGUCUGAGGAAUGAUACAGAAUACCAGACAGUCCAGGAUCUUGCCAAUGGAAAUAAAGUAUAUGUUGGUCUCUUCAGAGAUCCCUGGGAGUGGUCAGACCUGACUGACUCCUCGCUAAGGUACUGGAGGGAAUCCCAGGGCGUAAAUGCCGUAAAUAAAGAAUAUUGUGUUGCUUUGUUAAAGACUGAUUCUGGUAAAUGGGGAGACAGGAAAUGCACAGAAGUGCAUCCUUUCCUUUGCAAAUGCAGAGAAACCAAACUGCAGGUCAUAAAACUGAGGAUCAGACAGCAGGACUCACUUUUGGAUCUAAAUGACCCUGCUGUGCAAAACAGCAUCUUGGAACAAAUGAAACAAAAGCUGAGUGAAAAUGUAAAUGGUGUCAUUGGUCUUCAGUGGAAAAAACACUCUGAUGGAAGAGUUUUCAUUGUGGAUGCUGAGGAACACAAUCCAUAAGAAGACCACAGGGGAAUUGCUCAGAAUCUGUCUUGAUGAUGUAAAAUCCCACUAAGAUGUGUGCUAAAAAAACGUAACUGUUUUAGAUGAAGCUUUGUUUUUGACUUGGAAUACCACGUUUAGGAUGUAAUGUGACAAAUCUUCAAUAACUCUGUGUGCAGUGUGCUUAUUAAAUUUUACAAGGCUCAUUUUUAGCAGGAAUCCCCGCAAACAGUCUGCCAGUAUGUCCUGAGAACCUUACCUUUCAUUGAAUUUAGAGCUUCCUAUGUACAUAUAGGUAUAAGUAAAUAUUUGCACCCAUGAGACUAAAAUGACUCUCAGUUGUUGUGCAAUCAAGCCACGAGGAAUAAAAUCAGACUGAGUUGGAAACAACAUGAAACAUGACACUGUUGCAGGCACACAGGUGCUGCAUCUACCCUGUAAGCUCAUGUAGUUGUAAGCUCCGGUUCCUUUACAGGAGCUUACAGGAUAACUGAGCAAAUCAUUCUUUAAAAUGGUAUUUUACCAAAUAAUGUUUUGAAGCAGGAUUCUCUGAAUCAUUCAGAUGACGGUGAUCAACCAUUUUAUUUUGUCCAUUUUGUUUCUUUUGUGUGUACAUAGUUCCUUAGCUUCUUUUUACCUUAAUUUAGCUUCAUAGUUUGAAUUACGUUUCACUAGCCUAGUAGAGAGGAUUUGUUGAUUGAAAUAUAGUGUUAAUUCAGA